AUGUCUCCAAAUCAAACUCUUGCUAGUGGUCCAAUAUUAGGAAAAAAAAAGAAUAAAGACAGGCUAACAGUAUUGUUGGCAACAAAUGCAACUGGCACAAGAAAACUUAAACCACUUGUAAUUGGAAAAUUGGCUAAACCUAGAUGUUUCAAUAAUGUUAACAUGUCUUUAUUACCUGUAAUUUACAAAUCUACUCCAAAAGCAUGGAUGCGCACUGACAUUUUUGAAAAAUGGUUAAGGGAUUUAGAUACUGUUUUUCGAGUGGAAAAUAGGAACAUAUUACUUUUAAUUGAUAAUGCACCAUCCCAUACAGAUCCAGGCUCAUUAACAAUUGUUAAUUGCUGGAACAAAACUGAGAUUUUAUCAACUACAAAUGAAGAAACAACCAACAAAGCAGUUAAUAAUCAAAUGAUUGAAGAACAAAAUAAUAGAAAUAAGCUAUAUGAAAUAAUUGAGAUGAUCUUAAAUGAAGUAAAUGAAGUAAAUGAUGAAUCAGGUGAGGAUACUGAUGAACCAGAAGCUAUUGUAUGCGACAAUGAUGCCUUGGGGGCAAUCAAUAAAUUACUCAUUUAUAUUGAACAGCAAAAUGAUUCAGAAUUUGAUGAAAAUGAUUAUAAAAAUUUAAAAAAAUAUAAACAAAAGAUUGAAAGAAGGAUUUUUUUUCAAAAACACAAAAAAAAACUGGAAUGUUCACCAACAGUAAUUGCAAGAACACUAUCAUCACCACCAAAGGAAAUUGAUGAGGAUGAAGAUGAUGAAAUAGAAUUUGAGGAUUCAGUAAUUAAAUUUGGAUCAAAUUAUAAUGAAGUAUAUUGUAUACCUGGAUUUACUGGAAAUUUUGGAUUUAUUACUUCCAUGUCAGAUCAUUUUUGUGGAACAUGCAAUCAAUUAAGAAUUACUGCAGAUGGCAACUUUGUUUGGAAAUACAGAAAUGCUGGUAAUGAUAAUGAACAAGAUCCCUCCAAACUUGAUAAAGGUUCUGUUUUAAAAGCACACACUUCAAUCCCUGAUGCAUUAAAGAUGCAUUUGAGCAUGGGAAGGAUUGUGGAAGAUGUCUUUCAUGCACAUUCAUAUAUCAUAGAUUAUAAUGAUUCCGAUGUAAAAGCAUUAUUUAAUGAUGAUGAAUGGAGAGAGUUAACUAAUGAUAGGAUAGGAAUACCAACAAUUCCUGAUGAAAUUGCUAAGGAACUAACUGAUAUACCAUCAUUAGCUAGUGCCAACAGGAAAAAUCAUGGAUGGGUCAAAAAAUCAAAGGAAGUUCAUUGGUUGAAAGAUAGAUGGAAUAAUUUACAUUAUUCAUAA